AGCCAUUCUAAUAAUUUGCUUGACUUACUCAGGAAGACUUCUCCUCCUUUCAUGUCCUUUCCAUCACAAACCAUCGUUUCUCCUUCUUCCUCUUCCUCUUCCUCUUCCUAUGUCGUUGAUACAUUGAAACCUCUCGCAACUGCAAUCACGUGCUUGAUUUCAAUGGCUUUUCUCAACUUGGCUCUCAAAUGCUUUGACCAUCUCGCAUGGCCUAUUCUUGCUCUGGGGUAUCCUAUGUGUGCUUCCGUACGAGCAAUCGAGACUGAUUCCAUUAAGGAAAUGAGGGAUUUGAUCUCAUAUUGGAUACUUCUCUCAUUAUUAUACCUAUUUGAGUAUGCUUUUAUGUGGCUUCUCCAAUGGUUCCAGUUCUGGCCUUAUAUGAAGCUAAUGAUUAUCUUCUGGCUCAUCAUACCAGACUUCAGACGAUCUUCAUAUGUCUAUAGUAACCUUAUACGUUCAUACAUCUCCAUGAAACCGCAAACAGCCAUAUGCAGGUUAAGUAACUCAAGGAAGAUUUUUGUCAAGAAAGUAAACUUUUUACUGCAAGCAGAGAAAUAUAUAAGAGAGAAUGGAACUGAAGCCUUAGAGAAACUCUUUGCUAGCAAGGAAGAGAAAUAUAUAAAAGAGAGCGGAACUGAAGCCUUAGAGAAACUCAUUGUUAGCAAGAACACAACAGAUAAACCGGAUGCAGAAACAAAGAAUGCAAUUAGGGAUACUUCUAAUAAAGAAAUGCAACAGACAAAUGGAAAAAUUCUUCAAACAGAAGACAAAAAGAUCAUUCAGAAAAAAGAAAUUCCUGCAGGCAAGCAAGAUAUUCCUUACAUACCUAUCCCUGCACCGAGUGAGAAUGCUUCAUCAACCAUGUUGGAAACUAAAGGAGUUGCUGGGAAAGAAAAACUUGGUGAAGAAUUUCCUCAGAGUUCUACACAUAAGGAAGUGCAGAAAGAGUGGACUUGCACUGCUUAUGAAGCGCAAAAAGCAAAGACUCAACCUGUUCCGCAGAAGCUGAGAAUUUCUCUUCCCAAAGAGGAAUGGAAACCGAAGAACAUUACCAAUCAGUUAAGUUACAAGAUCAAGAUUGGAGAGAUUAUUGUUAACACUGGUUUGAAGGGAGACGUAGUCAUGGAUCAUAACAAGGAUAUUCCUUCCAUGCCUAGCCUUGCACCAACUCAGAUUGCUUCAUCAACCAUUGUUGAAAUGAAAGGAAUUGCAGGUAAAGGCAGAGCUGGGGAAGAGUUUCCUCGGAGUUCUACACAUAAGGAAGUCCAGAAAGAGUGGACUUGCGCUUUAUGUCAGGUAACAGUUUUGAGGGAGGAAGACUUGAAUUCCCACCUACAAGGGAGGAAACAUAGGGCUGCUGAUGAAGCUAUAAAAGCAAAGACUCAAUCUGUUCCCCAGAAGCUGAGAAAUUUUUUGCACAAAGAGGAAUGGAAACAGAAGACCAUUUCCAAUCAGCUAAGUUACAAUGCCAAGAAUGGAGAAAGUAUUGUUAACAUUGAUCAGAAGGGAAACGUAGUCAUGGAUCAUAAGGUGAGAGAACUGCAAAAGAACCUGUAUGAACCUGUUAGGAUGAAUUAUUCCAAAUUAAGAUGUGAAGCCUGUAAUGUCUGUUGCUCUACUGAGUUUGACUUGGCCUGUCACUUAAAUGGGAGGAAGCACUUAGCAAAUAUUGUGGGUGUAGUUGAGUUUUGAGGUAAUUAAGUUUUCACUAGUUCUACAAAUGCUGGUGUAGAGAAUUCUGUGUAGACUGGUAGUUGAAAUGACAAUAAGGGAGGUUACUUGAAAAUUGAAAGGAAUAUGGGGAAGAAAAUGGUUCAUAAAUAUAUUCUUCUAUAUGGCAUCAUUUUUUUAACUUCCAAGUCACAACAUCUUUGUGUUCUUCUGUUGGAGACAGUAAGUCAUUGAACACUUCUCUCUCACAUCUAUACUUCCCAUUCUGAUCCUUUCUAC